AGCUAUUGUAUAAGUACGAGCGUCUGAUCUACCAGCAAACUAGCAAAGCAGUUCAACUGCUAGAAUUCAUUCCCCCAAAUGGCAACUUCCCUCCAGUCUUCCGCUCCAGCUGCUUCUGUUCCUUUCUCCCGUCAACUUUGUUCCGGUUACCGCAGCUCUCCGUCUGUCUCUUUUCCUCAUAGUCUCUCCCUCAAAUCUUUAAAGACUACAACUGUUGCAAAGUCAUCCAAAAUAAGCGCGGUAGUGAAGACAGAGAGUAGUGGCCUUGAGCAAACAGAAGUUGACAUCUCUUUGAGCCCUAGAGUUAAUUCUGUGAAGCCUUCAAAGACAUUGGUUAUAAAUGACAAAGCAACUGCUCUUGCACAAGCUGGUGUCCCUGUUAUUCGGUUGGUUGCCGGAGAACCUGAUUUUGACACUCCAGCUGCUAUAGCAGAAGCUGGGAUAAAUGCAAUUCGUGAGGGUUACACGAAGUAUACUCCAAAUGCAGGCACUCUGGAACUUCGCACAGCAAUUUGUCACAAGCUACAAGAGGAGAAUGGGAUCUCAUAUACACCUGAUCAGAUUGUGGUCAGUAAUGGUGCCAAGCAGAGUAUUCUUCAAGCAGUUUAUGCAGUUUGCUCCCCAGGAGACGAGGUAGCAAAGCAUCCCAGGCUUCUGGUACUGUCUGAUGAGAUAUAUGAACAUAUAAUUUAUGCACCAGCAACCCAUACAAGCUUUGCAUCUUUGCCAGGCAUGUGGGAGAGGACCUUAACAGUCAAUGGGUUUUCGAAGGCUUUUGCAAUGACUGGUUGGCGUCUUGGAUAUAUUGCUGGACCCAAGCACUUUAUUGCAGCAUGUAAUAAAAUCCAGAGUCAGUUCACUUCAGGUGCUAGUAGUAUAGCACAAAAAGCAGGAGUUGCCGCAUUAGAUUUGGGGUUUGCUGGUGGUAAAGCAGUUUCUACCAUGGUCAAAGCAUUCAGGGAGCGCCGAGAUUUCUUAGUUAAAAGCUUAGGGGAAUUGGAAGGUGUUAAGAUGUCAGAACCCCAGGGAGCUUUCUACCUGUUCAUUGAUUGCAGCGCAUACUAUGGGUCAGAGGCUGAAGGUUUUGGUAAAAUUGAAAAUUCUGAGUCACUUUGCGGGUAUCUUCUGGACAAGGCUCAGGUUGCGCUAGUACCAGGAGAUGCUUUUGGGGAUGACAGCUGCAUUCGCAUUUCAUAUUCAGCAUCCCUCACCACCCUAAAAGCCGCUGUUCAGAGAAUUAAGAAAGCACUUCUUCCCCUCAGGCCUGUUGUCCCUGUUUGACACUAAUAAGGUUUCUAAUGCAAAAUGCUAUUGUUGUUCAGCUUUGUGUUGGGAUUCAAAAUUUGUUCUCUCAUGAAAAUUUGAAUAACAUAAAAGGUUGUAGAGGUUCAUAUCUUCUAAAUCCAAAUCUUUGUUCAAACUGAUGCCGUGCUUAGUGGGAUAGCAAUAAAGUCAUUGGAUAUUA